GCCCUGCAGCGGCCUCUAGUGGUCUUAAAAAGUAUUGCAAAAACAAGCGUUCAUUAUAUAUACAGUAUUUAUAUGUGCGCAAUACGCAGGUCUUGUCGGCACUAGUCAGGAGAAAGUUGUUUUUCUCUACCUGUUUAUUUCGUAUAGUAGAGUAUGAUCAUCCCAGUGAGAUGCUUUACCUGUGGAAAGGUAGUUGGAAACAAAUGGGAAGCUUACCUUGGUCUUCUACAGGCUGAGUAUACAGAAGGGGAUGCCCUUGAUGCACUGGGUCUGAAACGUUACUGUUGCCGUCGAAUGCUGCUAUCACAUGUGGAUCUCAUUGAAAAGCUGUUGAACUAUGCACCACUUGAGAAGUGAUAUUUUUCAUCAAAUUACUUUUGCAAUCAUCACAAUCAAAACUAGAGGAAGCUGCAUACCUGACCAAUCUACAUAAUAAUCAUGUAGCCUUAUUGUGUAUACGAUAUGUAAAAAUAAAUAUUUAUGAACCUCUGAUAA